CAGCACUAGCUUGCGCAAGUGGGGAUGGAAGACGCCCCCGAAAGUGCGCGAUUUGAUGCCUCUCAGGGGCUCGGUCACGUGAAGCCGCACAUCCAAACGCCCAAAUUGUUUUCUUGAUAUCGGUGAUGGAAAUAAAAACCUCUUGACAUGUCAGGAACCCAUAAGCCAACCAUUUUCUUGAACCCGUAUAUUCUCGACUGGCUGAUGCAGAGAGUUGGCUUGAGUGAUCCGCUUCCGAGUCUUAAUCUCGCGCGGCGUCUCCUGGGCAAAAGCUUGGUUGGCCACUACCCGGAGAAGCGAGAAGAUUGGCUCCGUCGGCUCCACUGCAUACGUAUGAGAAAUGACUUUUCGUAGGUGCCUGGUCCUCUUCACUACCGGUGAUUGCUCCGAACGGUUGGAACCAUACGCUCUACGGUUUGGACCGACACGCAAUCCCACUAAUCAUGCCGCUGGAUUAUUAGGGGAGAUGCGGUAGGCGUCCCAAUCCGCAAGGUGUAUUCGCAGCGGCGCGGACCUGGUUAGCGGUAGCUAAUAAAAGAAAUGGUGCCGAUGUUGCCGACUGUGUGCUCUGGUCCAUUUUGCAAACCUUUCCCACCUAGAGCCCACCGGACGACGACAUCCUCGCAUCACCCCAGAUUCUAGUUCAGCUGGCUCGUGAUCGCGCUGCGUACUUGGACGUUACUCGAAAAUGCGUGUGCCCCGCGGUGGGCUUCAUGGGGCCAUUCUUUUCCUCGCCGGGAUUGGUUGUGUCGCGGAGGCACUGAGCAUUGAUAUCAAUGAUGCAGACUCCAUUAAAAGUGCAGCCAGUCAGACCGCUUACGGUUCGAUGUUAUGGUACUCCGGCAAUGAAACGGGUCAGAUUCCGGGAGCGUUUCCAGACAAGUGGUGGGAAGGCAGUGCUUUGUUCUUAAGCCUGCUUUACUAUUGGCAUUACACCGGUGAUACCACCUACAAUGCUGAAGUUAGUCAGGGUAUGGAGUGGCAGGCUGGCAACGGAGACUACAUGCCGGCCAAUUAUAGUAGCUACUUGGGUAACGACGACCAAGGCUUUUGGGGUAUCGCCGCUAUGACAGCUGCCGAGAUCGGUUUCCCCGAUGUCGACAACGGAUACUCCUGGCUGUCCCUGGCGCAGGGUGUUUUCAACACGCAAGUUGCUCGCUGGGAUAGUAGCAAUUGUGGCGGUGGUCUGCGCUGGCAGAUAUUCCCAUACCAAGCUGGUUAUGCCAUGAAGAACUCGAUUUCGAACGGUUUAUUGUUUCAACUGGCAGCACGUCUCGCUCGGUAUACCAACAACCAAACCUAUACGGAAUGGGCCGAGAAAGUUUGGGAUUGGAGUGCAUCCUCGCCACUGCUGAACAACAAGACAUGGAAUGUUGCCGACUCCACCGAUAUCGCAGGCGGGUGUAAAUCCCAGGGAAACAACCAAUGGUCGUACAAUUAUGGCACAUAUUUGAUUGGUGCGGCGUACAUGUAUAACAUGACCGAAAAGGAAACAUGGAAGACCGCUGUUGACGGUCUCCUGGGGGUUACACUGAACACAUUCUUUCCGAAAGACUUUAAUUACAUUAUGUCCGAGGUUCUCUGCGAGCCGAACGAGGUUUGCAAUGACAAUGAAAUCCUGUUCAAGGGCCUUGUCACUGGGUGGCUUGCCUUUGUUGCCUUGCUGGUCCCAUCAACCUAUGACCAGAUUCUCCCCAAGUUGCAAGCGUCCGCACAAGGGGCUGCCGCAUCGUGCAGCGGAAUGAGCAAUAACACCUGUGGGGUGCGCUGGCACGAAUCGAAGUGGGAUGGCUGGGUUGGUAUGGAAGAGCAGAUUAGUGCCACCGACGUGCUGAGCUCGGUCUUGGUCACGGAAAAGAAAGGGGGCGGGCCCUUGACCUCAUCGACAGGCGGAAAUAGUACCAGCAACCCAAAUGCAGGGAACAACGAUGGCAGCAGCUCCGACAAGAGCCAAUUAAAGCCAAUCACAACAGGUGAUAAAGCGGGCGCGAGUAUUGUCACCGUUGCAUUUGUUGGUGUAUGGGGUGGCCUGGUUGCGUUUAUGGUACUUGGAACCUGA